GCGCCAUGGAGACGGCGCUGCCGCCGCCGCUGCUGCCGCCGCUGCUGCCGCUGCUGCUGCCGCUGCUGCUGCUGCCGCUGCCGCCGCUGCCCCGCGCCGCCGCCGAGCAGGUUGUCCUGCUGGACUCAAAGGAAUCGCAGGCGGAGCUGGGCUGGACCUCACACCCAUCGAACGGGUGGGAAGAGAUCAGUGGCGUGGAUGAAACCUUCAAGCCAAUACGCACGUACCAGGUGUGCAAUGUCAUGGAGCCCAACCAGAACAACUGGCUGCAGACGGGCUGGAUCGCCAGGCGUGACGGCCAGAGGAUCUUUAUUGAGCUGAAGUUCACCCUGAGGGACUGCAACAGCAUCCCUGGCGUGACGAGCACUUGCAAGGAGACUUUCAACCUGUACUACGUGGAGUCUGACUCGGACCUGGGCCGGAGCGUCCGCGAGGGCAAGCACACCAAGAUCGACACCAUCGCCGCCGACGAGAGCUUCACGCAGGGAGACCUGGGCGAGCGCAAGAUGAAGCUCAACACGGAGCUCAGGGAGAUUGGGCACCUGAGCAAGAGAGGCUUCCACCUGGGCUUCCAGGACGUGGGCGCCUGCGUGGCGCUGGUCUCCGUGCGCGUUUACUACAAGAAGUGUCUGAGCACGGUGCAGAACUUGGCCAUGUUCCCAGACACGGUGGCAGAGACGGCCUUUGUGACGCUGGUGGAGGUUCAGGGCACCUGUGUUGCCCAUGCUGAAGUGGACGUGGAUAACCCCCCUCGGAUGCACUGCAGCGCAGAGGGAGAGUGGCUGGUGCCCGUAGGGAAGUGCAUGUGCAGCCCUGGCUUUGAGGAGAAGGACGGGGCAUGCAGAGCUUGCCUACCAGGGUUUUACAAGCUCUCCCUCCGUCUCCCUCUGUGUUCUCCAUGCCCCGAGCACAGCUUCACACAGGAGGAAGCCUCCACGUUCUGUUUGUGCCAGACAAAUUACUCCAGGUCUCCUUCAGACCCACCAUCUGCCUCCUGCACACGCCCACCCUCCGCGCCGAGGAACCUGGUGUACAGCCUGCGCCAGUCCUCGCUGGUGCUGCAGUGGAGCGCCCCGGCCGACGCGGGCGGCCGCAGCGACCUCACCUACAGCCUGUGGUGUGCCCGCUGCCCCGCGGUGCCAGCGGGGCGCUGCCAGCAGUGCGGCAGCAGCGUGGGCUUCGUGCCGCAGCAGACGGGGCUGGUGGAGCGCACGGCCACGCUGGUCAACCUGCUGCCCCACGUCACCUACACCAUCCGCGUGCUGGCCCUCAACGGCGUCUCGGCCGUGAGCCCGCUGGCCGGCCAGCAGUACGCCGAGGUCAACGUGUCCACCGGCCACGCAGUGCCAUCUCCUGUCACUGACAUCCGCACGGACAAGGUGGAGCAGAAGAGUGUCUCCCUGUCCUGGCAGGAGCCAGGCUUCCUGGCUGCCAAUGGCACCGAGUACGAGGUCAAGUACUUUGAGAAGGAUCAGAGAGAUCAAAGUUACUCAACUGUGAAAACCACAUCGACGGCCGUGACGGUCAAUAACCUGAAGCCUGGUACCCUGUACAUUUUCCAAAUAAGAACAUCUUCCUCUCCAGACUACGGGAACUACAACCCUGGCAUUGAAGUGGAGACAUUGGCAGAGUUGACAGUGGCCUCCAGUGAGCAGAACCCCGUCCUCAUCAUCGCCGUGGUGGCCAUCGUGGGGCUGACAGUGCUGGUGUCCCUGGUGGUCGGUGUGAUGGUCUGGAGGAGGCAGUGUGGGUACAGCAAAGCCAGCCAGGACGGGGAUGAGGAGCUGUACUUCCACUUUAAAAUACCAACCAGGAGGACAUACAUUGACCCCAGCACCUGCGAAGACCCCAUGCAGGCUGUGCACCUCUUUGCCAAGGAACUGGACAAUGCCAGCAUCAAAAUUGAGAGGAUUAUCAGGACAGGAGAGUUUGGGGAGAUGUGCCGGGGCUGCCUGAAGCUGCCCAGCAAGCGCGAGCUGCCGGUGGCCAUCCAGACGCUGCGGGCCGGCUGCUCCGAGAAGCAGCAGCGCUCCUUCCUGGCCCAGGCCUGCACCAUGGGCCAGUUUGACCACUCCAAUGUCAUCCGCCUGGAGGGGGUCAUCACCAGAGGGAGCACCAUGAUGAUAGUGAUGGAGUACAUGGGGAACGGCCUGCUGGACUCCUUCCUCAGGGUGAGUACUGGGGUGUCUGCCCAGCUGGGACUCUCCUGGCCAUGUUCCCACGGCUGCCCUUUGGCUUUUCCUCCUCUGCUUUCACAGAAACACGAGGGGCAGCUCACGGGCACGCAGCUCAUCUGCAUGCUGCAGGGCAUCGCCUCUGGCAUGGCGUACCUGGCAGAGAUGGGCUACGUGCACAAAAGCCUGGCUGCCCACAAGGUCCUGGUGAGCAGCAGCCUGGCAUGCAAGAUCACGGGGUUCAGACGGCUGCAGGAAGACAAGAUGGAAACCAUCUUCUCCACCAUGCGUGGGAAGAGCCUGGUGCUGUGGUCAGCCCCUGAGGCCAUCCAGUAUCACCACUUCAGUCCUGCCAGCGACGUGUGGAGCUUCGGGAUCGUCAUGUGGGAAGUCAUGUCCUACGGGGAGAGACCCUACUGGGACAUGUCCCACCAGGAUGUGAUGAAGGCUGUGGAGGAUGGGUUCCGCCUGCCUGCCCCUGCCAACUGCCAGCCUCCCCUCCACCAGCUGAUGCUCAACUGCUGGCAGAAGGACCGCAGCCAGCGGCCCAAGUUCUCGCAGAUCCACAAUGCCUUGAGCAAGUUGGUGCAGAGCCCGGAGCCCCCAAAGUGCCCCAGCUCUGCAUGCCCCAGCUCUGCCUGCCCCAGGUCCCAUGGCACGUCCAUCCCCCUCUCCAAGAGAACCUUCUCGGCCUUCCCAUCGUUCAGCUCCGUGGGUGAGUGGCUGGAAGCUAUAGAAAUGGGCAGAUACAAGGACAACUUCACUGCUGCGGGCUACUGCUACCUGGAGUCGGUGGCCAGGAUGACAGCCCAAGACAUCCUGAGCCUGGGCAUCACGCUGGCAGAGCACCAGAGGACCAUCCUGAGCGGCAUCCAGAGCCUGCGGGCCCAGGUGAUCCAGAUGCACGGCCGGGGCGUGCAGGUGUGAAGCCGUGUCUGCAGAGGCACAGAGCAGCCUGCGCUCCCGGGGAGGAGAGGCCUGCUGGCCCCAGGCAGCCCCACCUCUGAAACCCGGGGGUCUCAGGUGGGCUGUGGGAGCCGCUGGGUGCUGCCAAACACGUGGCAAGAGAGCAGGGCUUCUGUCCCCUGCGCCAGGGCAGCCCAGGGUUCCUGGGACGUGCCUGGGUGGACGUGGCUCUCCCCAGCACUGUUUUGUAAGAUGAGUCAAACUGUAUUGAUGCCAUUUCAUGUGGUAGUUGAGUUCACAGGGUGGGAUGGACCUUUUUGCACUGUCUUAAUCCAGAGCCAACACUUCUGUAUGUAGUAUCCUGCUGGUGAAUCCAUGGGGACUUUUAUACAACCUGACAGAUCACAGCAACCCCACAAGGAGUUUUUAUUGCUUUUAUAUUUAGAGAGCAGCUCUCACCCAAUGCCCAACUCCUGGAAGGUGACUUUCCCCAUCUGUGCUGAAGGAAACUAUUUCCCAGUUGCAUCCCUUCUGCUCCAUGAGCUACUUCACUGAGUUUUGACACUUCAGUUGGUGAACAAAACCAAAUAUUCUCCAGUAAAGCACAGAGGAAAUGGUGCUGGCUGCAUCCAUGCAAUCCACACUUUGUUUUGUGAGCAUGGUGCUGCCUGCCUGGCAUGCUGGCAGCUCCCAUAGCUGCAGCCUGAUCCCUGAGAAGACAUAAAUACCAUCUUAAUAAUACAACUUUCCUUGAGGUUUGUUAAUUAAAUGGGUAUUUGCAGCCCUGUAUGGAGUUUUGUAAGGCUUUAUUGUGAUCUGUAAGUGUCUCAAGUGAAUUAUUAAUGCUGAAAGGCAAAGAUUUACGUAGGGGAUGAAGGCUGUGGAAGAUGCUCAGAGUCUGGUUGGAAAUCUGCUCCAGUCAGACCCCGCUGUUAGCUGCUCUGAGAGGAUGAGGAUGUGAAUGAGGAUUGAGUGAAGGGCCCCUUGGGGCUGGCGUGGUCACCACUCUGCCCAGGAGAGUGCUGCAUAUGCCCUGAGGAGUUUGUUGCUCUCUGGGGAAAACAAGAUCUCUCCUUCCUGCCCCCUCUGCAGUUCAAACCAUGCUCCCUCCCCAGAGUCUCUUGGUCAGUGUUUUUGACAGAAAUCAUUUCUCUAAGUCUGGCCCAUCCAGUCAGGUUGGUCACCUGCCAUGCCCCUGUUUCCCAGCCUGAAGAGCAAUAGCAGUGAACCAAGCCCUGCAUUUAGUGAAAUGCCUGAUCCCAAGGAUCAAGUGCAAUUUGUGUGCUCUCUGUGUUUACAUUUUAUCUCUAGAGAAAGUACAUUACAGGUUUCUAGGCAGGGGUUGAACUAGCUUGAUUCUGGGUCUUCCCUCCCCUCUCCCUGCUCGUGCUGCCUGUUGGGAUGCAGGAGCCGUGCUGGGAAGUUGCUGCUGGAGGAGCUGGCUGCAGCCUGGUUCACCUGUUCUCAAGGAGGUCUGGAGACAUCUAGGGCUUGGUCAUGGGGUGACAGUGUGCCUCAGUUUGGAAAACAAACUUGGCCAUGAGCAGGCAGCAGCGUGUUCCCUCGAGUCCCCCAGAACAGACCCUGCCUCCAGAAUAAGGAACGUGAGAAGGGACCAGCUCUGGGUGCCACUUGUGGCCACUGGAAUCUGCUUUUCUGUCCCUCUGGGUGCUGCCCAGCUGGAAAGGGAUAAACCUCAGCACAGUUAUCUGUGUCAGGGCUGUUUUCCUGGGCUGCAGUGGCCAGGGCUGGUGGCUCCUGUGGAGGGGUCCCACAGGAGCUGAGCUCUGGGAUGGCUCCGACUCAGCAGAAACAGGAGUCACCAGCUCUCCUGGUCUCUCCUACAAGGAAGAAAAGGAAAGCCCUCCAUGGAAGCAGCCUUCUAGCCCAGGUUUUUGCAAGAAUAAACACUUUUAAUUGAGCUCCUCACCAAUAGGAGAGAACAAAAUUUGUAGAUUAAGCCGUAGAUUGUUGUUAUGAUAUUAAAAUUAACUUGCAUCCUCUCAGCUUCUCUCCUUGGGGAAGUAGUAUAAUUAAAUUAAUCAGCAAAGCUGUUUUGCAGCUGCAAGGGAAAUGCCUCAAAAUGACCCUGAUCUCUUCCCAUCCAGCAUGUCAUGAGGCUCUUGCCUUCUCCACGGGCUGGGAGAGCCCCAGUCCUGUUGGAGCAGCAUCUGCAACACUCCCCUCACAAGAAACCAAAUGGGAAUCAAGGUGGUUCAUCUCCAGAUGCUUUUAUAUUCAUUAGCCACAUCUUAAGUACUGUAAAUACACACUUGAGAAGUCAAUAUAUAUUUUUAUAAGCUUGAGACGAAUGUAAUAUAAUAUUAUAAAGGACUCUGUGUGCAUCUCAUGUUUGAGCUAUAGUCAGACAUCUCCAGGGACUCUCAGUUGGUUUGGAAUAUUUAUUAAUAAUAUUAAUAAUAAUAGUUAUUAUAAAUGCUAAUAAAAUCUAUUGACAUUUUUUUAAAUUUUGUAUUUAUUAAACCAUGGUUGAAGCUGGCA